GGCAUUUUGGGUAUUCGUAUGGUAUUUUUGGCAUUAAAAAUUAUUUAUUAUUCGAUCUCAACUGCAGUUUAGGGUUUACUUUUUAUAAGUGGAUUGUAACUUUGAUGUACAUGGUUGUGAUUGGAUUUUGCCGGUGUCCAUCGUGUGUGCAAUGGGAGUGUACGCCUGAGCUGCCAAAUUUCACGCAAAAUUAUUCAAUAUUUUAUAAAGUUUUAGUUGACAGACAUCGACGCGUUCUGGAGGCAUAAUAAAGAUUAGUCGUGUGCCUUGUUUGGCAAGGCUAACAUAACAAUCAGUCAUGUUUGACGAGAACAAGAAGGUGUGGGUGCCAGAUAUAGCUGAAGGAUUCCAGCUUGGGCGCAUUGAGGAUAUUGGUGCGGAGUCCAUCACAGUAGCACCCCUACACAAACCCGGAAAGCCUGUGAUUGCUCCUUAUGAUCGAGUCUUUCCAGCGGAGGAAGAUGAGGAGAAGACGGUGGAGGACAACUGUGCUUUGAUGUACCUGAAUGAGGCUACAUUGCUGAAUAACCUUAGGUUGAGCUACAAGAAAGGCAAGAUUUAUAGCUAUGUUGCAAAUAUUCUGAUUGCGGUAAACCCAUACAAAGAGAUGAAUAAUUUGUACACAAAGGAUGUCAUCAAACGUUACAAUGGGAAAUCACUCGGUGUGCUACCGCCCCACGUGUUUGCCAUCGCUGACAAGUCUUUCCGUGAUAUGAGAGUGACCAAGCAGAGCCAGGCAAUCAUUGUGAGUGGAGAAUCUGGAGCAGGGAAGACGGAGUCCACCAAGUAUAUCUUAAGGUACCUGACCGAGAGUCACGGCCAGGGAGCGGGGACCAUAGAGCAGCGCAUCGUGGAAGCUAACCCUCUCCUGGAGGCCUUCGGUAAUGCCAAGACCAUGAGGAACAACAACAGUAGCCGCUUUGGAAAGUUUGUGGAGAUGCACUUCAGCGACAAGUUUUCUGUGGUCGGUGGCUACGUCUCCCAUUAUCUCCUAGAGAAGCCUCGAGUCAUCUGGCAGAACAUUGAAGAGCGUAACUAUCACAUCUUCUACUAUCUCUGUGCGGGGGCGCCAGACAAUGUGCGCAAGGUGCUGGGCAUCAAGACCCCAGAUGACUUUCAGUAUUUGAAGAAUGGCAACACAAUGUACUUUACCAACAAAGAAACUCAGAAGAACGUACCAGAUGACAGGAAAAGCAAACUGUACAAGAAGCACGGAAGUCUCUACGACAUACACCUGGAUGACUACGCGGGUUAUUCACGCGUUGAGGGCGCUAUGAAGAAGAUCGGCUUGGAUGACAAAGAGAAGAUGAAUAUAUUCCGCGUCGUUGCCGGAGUGAUGCAUCUUGGGAAUGUCAAAUUCGAAGCCUCGGAGGGAACUCAAGGUGGAUGUUUCGUACCGGAGGAAGCUGAAGCUAGCCUAGCCAAGACAGCCGAUCUAUUCUCAGUACCCAUCAAUGAGUUGAAGGAAUCCUUGACCAGUCGGAUUAUGCAAACAUCCAAAGGAGGACAUCGAGGGUCCCUCAUCAAAGUACCGUUGAACGUGGACCAGGCUGGCAAUGCGCGGGACGCCCUUGCCAAGGCCGUCUACUCCCGCCUCUUUGAUCGCAUCGUGCAGCGUGUGAACGAGUGUUUCCCGUUCAAAACGUCGGCCUCUUUCAUCGGUGUCCUGGACAUCGCCGGUUUUGAGUUCUUCACCUUGAACAGCUACGAGCAGUUCUGCAUCAAUUACUGCAACGAGAAACUGCAACAGUUCUUCAAUAAACGUGUCCUCAAAGAGGAGCAAGAACUAUACCAGAAGGAAGGUCUUGGGGUCAAUGCAGUGCAGUAUGUAGACAACCAAGAUGCCAUUGACCUGAUUGAAGGGAAGCCGUCGGGUAUCCUUGAACUACUAGAUGAAGAGAGUAAACUACCCAGAGCUAGUCCCAAUAACUUCACUCAUACAGUGCAUCAAAAACACAAGCAACACUUCCGUCUAGAGAUUCCUCGCAAGUCCAAGCUGACGAGUCAUCGUAAUCUACGUGACGAUGAGGGUUUCCUUAUUAGGCAUUUUGCUGGUGCUGUGUGCUAUCAAACUAGUGAAUUCAUAGAGAAGAACAACGACGCCUUGCAUUCCUCUUUGGAGCAUCUGAUCCAAGAAGGCAAGGACGAGUACGUCAAGAGUCUCUUCCCAGGUCCUCCUGCCCUCCCAUUCAUCUCUAAGCUGGCCUUUGAGAGUAUCGGCAUGAAAUUCAAGACUCAGCUAAACCUCUUGAUGGACAAGCUGAACAGCACCGGGAGCUCGUUCAUCCGUUGCAUCAAGCCCAACGGCAAGAUGGUGCAGGAUCUAUUUGAAGGAGGGCAGAUCCUCAGUCAGCUCCAAUGCUCAGGCAUGGUGACCGUACUUGGUUUGAUGCAAGGUGGCUUCCCAUCCAGGACACAGUUCUCAGAUCUCUAUGAUAUGUACAAGAAAUAUAUGCCCUCCGAGCUGGUGCGUCUAGAUCCAAGACUCUUCUGCAAGGCUCUCUUCCACGCCCUUGGCCUGAACGACCAGGACUACAAGUUUGGCAUCACUAAGGUGUUCUUCCGACCGGGGAAGUUUGCCGAGUUUGAUAGGAUGAUGAAGGGUGAUCCGGACACCCUACGAGAGCUGAUCAAGAAGGUACGACGCUGGCUGAUCUGCACACGCUGGAAGAAAGCUCAGUGGGGAACACUCAUGGUCAUCAAAUUGAAGAACAAGAUUCUGUACAGGCGCCACGCCCUGGUCAUGAUCCAGAGUACCGUGCGAAUGUUCCUGGCUGUUAGGAAACACCGACCCAGAUACAAGGGUCUGGCACAAGUCAAGCUACUCCAGGAUGAACUCAGACAGAUGAUGCAAAUUGCCAAGGGUGUGGAAGAUGUUCAAUCUCGUAAGCAAGCUGAUGAAGUCGCCAAGGGCCUGACUAGUCUCAUGCACAAGAUUAAGACCACCUCGAUGAAGAGGCGCGACAUCGAGGACGCCCACCUGAUUCUGGCGGAGAAGCUCCGUCGGCAGAUCCAGCUGCUGAUGCAGAAGAAAGCGGCAGAGACGGCCGAGAAGGAACGACUUAGACGCAUCCAGGAGGAGAUGGAGAGAGAGAGGAAGAAGCGAGAAGAGGAGGAGAGAAUCAGGAAGGAGGAGGAGGCCGAGAGAGAACGCAAACGCAAACUGGAGGAGGAAGAACGCAAAAGGAAAGAGGAGAUGGAGAGGAAGCGCCUUGAGGAGGAGGCUAGUCUCCAGAAGAAACUUGAGGCAGAGAGGAAGAGACUAGAGAAGGAGCGAAAACAGUUUGAGCUGGAUAAGAAGAUGCAGGCCGAGGAGACGGCUAGACUGCAAGCGGAGCUCCGCAGGCAAGCACAGCUGGAGCAGGAACGUCGUGAUCAUGAGCUGGCUCUACGCCUGGCCCAGGAGGCAGAGUCUCAGGUAGUCCCUAUGGAGGAACCAGUCAGGAUGGAUGUGGCUUCAGUUGUAACAGCCGCUGUGGCCGCGGCAGCACCGCAGCCAACCUACGAUCUAGCCAAAUGGAAGUAUGCUGAGCUACGAGAUACCAUUAACACAUCCACAGAUGUUGAUCUACUGGCAGCCUGUAAGGAGGAGUUUCAUCGUCGUCUGAAGGUCUACCACGCCUGGAAGACCAAGCACAAGAAACAGAAUGCUUCUAAGGAAGAACGGGCACCACAGGCUGUCAUGCAAACAAAUAUGCAAGUACCCUUGAUUCCUGCCCCUCCCGCCCCAGUCAAGGCAACCACCAACAACCUGCAGCGCUACUUCAAGGUGGCGUUCACCCGCCCCUCGGCCACCAACGCUAAUGUACGUCAGCGCAGCGUCUGGUACGCUCACUUUGACGGAGAGUGGAUCGCUAGACAGAUGGAGAUCCACGCCGAUCGGGAGCCACUACUUCUCAUUGCAGGUAAAGACGAUCUGAGCAUGUGCGAGAUGAGUUUGGAGCAGACCGGCUUGACUCGCAAACCUGGGGCCGAGAUCCUGGAGCGUGAAUUCGAGGAGGAGUGGAACCGUCACCGAGGGAGAGAGCUCCUAGCCGAGGCUAUACGCAACGGCCAGGCGCGCAAGACGUACGCCACCGCGCUGCUGGGUAUGUAGAACGGACUCCUCAACGCCCAGACCUAGGUAAACAUCAUCCACAGGUAGAUUUCUAGAAUUAGGUGCGACUUUGUAUGGAGUCAUGUUCAACUCAUAAUGAUAAUAAUAAUAAUUUACAAAAUUACAGGACGAGUUCAUCUUUUGGGCAUCUUGGCCUACUUUUUCACAAAGCAAUUCUGGUCCGGGUCAUGACAGUUGUGCCCUUGAGCAAGGAACUGUACCACAGUUGCAUUCUGCUUUUACCAGCCAGGCUCCUUGUGGAUUUUAUCCAUGCAUACAUCCUUACGGACUAUGAAGGGGUAAUCCUGUUUCAGCCCAACGAGUAACCCUGUUUCAGCCCAAGGAAGGCAUGGGGGGCAACGUGCCCCUGGUGGCUGUUUGUUUGUGUCGAUAGCCAAAAUCAGUUAUUUAGUGUAGCCCUCACCUUGAAAUUAUAUAAAAGAGAAAAAAAAAAAAUAAUAAUAAUACUUUGCCUUUGUAUUGUUUCUGUCUACCAGACUAUGCCACUGACAUGAAGUGUUACUAGCAGAUGUAAACGGUCUGUAUCUGGUUCCGAGACAAUGAGUUAAAAUGUUGCAAACAUAAUUGCCGAAUGACAUGGUUGGUUGAAAACAAAAGAAGAAACGACAAAUAGUACAUCUGAACCAACUGAACAUUCAGUAGCCCCCUAUAACUGUUUAUUGUCAAUGCACAUGAUGGCCCAAAUCAAAGAGUAGCCAUCACCUUAAGGUGGCCAUCCAGCCUUGUGAUGUUAGGGCCAUGUCACACCAGGCAAUUUACGGGCAAUUUAUCUCCAAGAAGAAAAGCUAUU